AUGACGACGCAAACGUACAAGACCGUUGCUGGCCACGAAGUCACGGAUACUAUGUUGGAAGCAGCUGCGAAACUCUUCAGCGAGAAUUACGGAAUCUGGGAAAUCAUUCAGGUAAAGCAGGAGAGCCCGUUAAGCUUAGUGCACGCCGACUACGACAGCAGUACCUUCCUAGUGCCUCUGAUACUGUCAUGA